CGGCGUUUGACUGCGAGCAAUAAGGUGGCAUCUGUGAGGAACUCCGUAUAACUAACGUACUGUGAUUGCCUUCCACCGCUCAUCCAACCGCGUGACCACGAUAAGCUUACACCUGACAAAGGAUGGAUUUCAAGCGUCCCCUCGCUGGUGUUGCCACAAUGUCUAUGGUCCCUCUGCCUACCAAAAGGGCCAGAUACGAUACACCGUCGGCUCUGUUACCCUUUGGGGGAAACAACAGGACAGGCACACAAAUCAUAUCCGCUGGCAAGCCAGGUAGCAUCCCAAGGACUUCAAAUUUACUGUCACCCAAUAUGUUGUUGAACGGUCAUGACAGCGAAAUCUACUGUGGAAAGUUCUCUUCUGAUGGCACAUUUUUGGUGAGUGCAGGCUUCGAUAGACGAAUUCUCAUAUGGGAGACGUACGGUGAAUGUGAGAACAUUUCAGUUAUGACAGGGCAUGGGGGAGCAAUUCUAGAUGUCUCGCUGUCGUCGGAUGACUCAAUCAUCUACACCGCCAGCUCGGACAAGUCUAUUGCUCUGUGGGACACUGAAAGUGGACAAAGGAUCAAGAAAUUCCGUGGUCAUCAGAAUAUCGUCAAUGCGUGUGGAGUGGCUCGUCGUGGCCCGCAGAUCAUUUGCUCCGGUUCCGAUGAUGGUACUGUUCGUUUGUGGGACAGAAGACAAAAGACGCAUGCGCAAAGUUUCCAGAAUACUUAUCAAGUCCUCGCGGUCACUUUCAGUGAUACCGCUGAAAUUAUCUUUUCCGGAGGCAUUGACAACGUUGUGAAGGGGUGGGACCUGCGCAAGCUGGAUGCAUCUAUGCUACUUACAGGCCACACGGAUACAGUUACUGGUCUCUCAGUCAGCCCAGAUGGGUCUUAUUUGUUGUCCAACGCCAUGGAUAACACACUACGGAUGUGGGAUGUCCGGCCGUUUGCACCGGCGGAACGAUGCUCUAAGGUGUUUAUCGGUCACCAGCAUACAUUUGAGAAGAAUUUAUUGCGGUGUGCUUGGUCAGCAGAUGGUCGCCGGAUCACGUGUGGAAGUGGAGAUCGUUACGUCCAUGUUUGGGAUACAAAUACACGCCAGCUGAUCUACAAACUUCCCGGUCAUACAGCUUCUGUCAACGAGACCGCGCUGCACCCAACCGAACCGAUUCUGUUGUCUGUGGGGAGCGACAAAAAGAUAUUCCUGGGUGAAAUUUUACCCUCUCUGUGAAACAUUACUUUUCCCUCAAACAUUUUGUACAUGUUUUUUCGAAGGUCAGUCCGUGC